AAUAUUAGGAUUUUUUUUUAUCUGUUUAUGAGUGAAAUCACAUAUCAUUAUUCUUUAUUGACUAUCUUGUCUGGUUUUGGCAUUAAUGUUACGCCACCCUUAUACAAUUAAAGAAUAGUUCUUUUUUUUUCUGUUCCCUAGGACAGUUUGGAUUGGGGUGAUUUGUUUCUUAAAUGUUUGGUGGAAUUUACCCCUAAGAUCAUUUGGAUCUAAUGUUUUCUUUGUAGAAAAAUUGUAAAUGGUUGAUAAUUUGGUAGUAAUUAGCAAUGGAAUAAUAGUAGGACUUUAAGUUUUCCAUUGCUUUUAAUCAGUUUUGGUAAGUUUAAGAAAUUUGUCUUUUCAACAAAAACUUGAAGUUGAUUGGCAUCAAGUUCAUGGUAUUGUCUUAAUUUCUACCCCCUUUUUUUUAUGUUUAUUUAUUUUUGAGAGAGAGGGAGAGACAGAGCAUGAGCAGGGGAGGGGCAGAGAGAGAGGGAGACACAAUCCAAAGCAGGCUCCAGGCUCUGAGCUUUCAGCACAGAGCCCAACACGGGGCUUGAACUCACAAACAGCGAGAUCAUGACCUGCGCCUGUGCUGAAGUCAGACGCUCAGCCAACUGAGCCACUCAGGUGCCCUCUUAAUUCCCUUUUUAAUUUAUGCUUUAUCUGUAGUUAUGUUCCCUUUCUCAUUUGUUUUGUUUAUUAUUAUUAUUUUUUAUUUUGGAAGAGAGAGAAAGAGAGUGCAGGGGAGGAGCAGAGAGAGGGAGAGAGAGAAUCCCAAGCAGGCCCCAUACUGUCAUUACAGAGUGUCGAUGCGGGGUUCAAUCCCACUCACCUUCAGAUCAUGACCUGAGACAAAAUCAAGAGUUGGUGCUUACCUGACUGAGCCAUCCAGGUGCCCCAACCCCCUUUUCUCAUUUUGAAUAUUUGUGUGUGACUUCUCUUUUUUCUAGAUUAAUCUUGCCAAAAAUUUGUCUAUUUUACUAAUCUUGGAAAUGGAUUAAUUUUUGGCAUAAUUAGUUCUAUUAAAUUUUUGUUGUUGUUCAUUGACUCCUUUUCGUUUAUUUACUUCCUUUUUCUUUCUUUGGGCUUAUAUUACUUUUUUAACUUAAAUUCCAUGUUUAACUUAGUAAUUUCCAGCCGUUGUUAUUACCUAGUAUAAGUGUGCUAGGCUGUAAACUUAACCCAAAAUUUAUUUUUGCCUUAGCUAACAUUGUUUAACUUACAAUGUUUUCAUUAACUUUCAAAUCUAAGUGCUUUAAAAUUUUCAUUUUGAUUUCUUCUUUGAUGUACAUGUUUUAAAAUUUUCUUUGAAACAUGUAACAUGUUUUUUUAAUUUUCAAAAGUAUCUACAUUAACAUUUUUCUUUUUGUUAUUCACUCCUAAAUUGUGUUAUCAGAGAAUGUAGUAUUUUGUCUUUUAAAAAAUGUUUGCUUGCUCUCAAUUUGUGGCCUUGUACAUAGUGAAUAAUAACUGUUAAGUGUGUACUUGUGACAAGUAUGUGCUUUCUAACUGUUAUGUAUCUGUUAGAUCAAACUUGCAAAUUGUGUUGUUCAGACUGUCUUUAUUAAUUUUUGUUUCACUGGUCAUUAAUUGAGAGAGAUGUAUGCAAUCUCCUGCUACUACUUUCUAACUGACUUCCUAUAGUUCUAACAACUUUUCUGAUGUGUGGUGAAAUUAUUUGAUUAGGGAUGUAAAAGUUUAACAUUAUUUUCUUGAUGGAUUGAAUCUUUUCUAUUAUGCUGUGAUCCUCUCCAUGCUUAAUUUAGCUUUUUGUGUUAGUAUUAUUUAGUCUAUCUCACCUUCUUUUUGGUGGUAAUUUACCUGGAAUAUACUUUUCCUUUAUUUUGCUGUCACUUUUUUUAUACCCUGACAUUUUAGGUGUCUGUUACAGAGAAUAUAUUACUGGAUUUUUCUUUCAAUCCAGUCAGUUUAUGUCUUUUAGUUGGUAUUUUUUAAGAAGUUAGUUCAAGUCUCUUGGUAGCUCAAUUUUUAUAUAAAAUUAUUUUGAUUUUAUCCUUGUUCUUGAGAGAGGUUUGAUGGGUAUACACAUUCUAGGUUGAUCGAUUAUUUUCUGUCCACAUGGUGAAGAUAUUAGUCUACAUGGAAAGCCUCCUGUGCGUUUAUUUUUGCUACUUUGAAGAAACUUCUUUUUCUUUUGGUUGCAUUGGAUAUUCUAUCUUUGGUGCUGUGUCAUUUCCUUUUUAAGUCUAAUGGAGAUUACUUUUUGUUUAUCCUCUUUUGGAUACACACAUUUCUUGAUUCUGAAUUUUGUUGGAUUCUGAAUUUUGUCUUUCAAGAGGUCUAGAAGAUUCUGAGCCUUGUAAUAAAUAUCGUCUCUUUGGAAAUUUAGUUGAAUGUGUAUGUAUUGAACUGUUUCCAGGUUAGGUACUUUUCAUCUUUCAUAGUUUUCAUUUCCUUGUUUCCCUAUCAGAAUUUACAGUGCUGGGUAAUUUUAUCAGCCAUAACUUCUAGUUCAUCCAUUUCUCUUCAUCUGUGCUUAGUCUUCUCUAUAAUGCGUCCAUUUUUUCCCUUUUACUCUUAACCGUUAUAUUUUUUAUUUGUAAAAGUUCCACUUGGUUCUUUUUUCAGAUACAUCAAGUCUUUCUUUCAUGUUGCUUCGUCGUUUUUCUGAACCCAUGGGUAUUCUGUGGACUGUAUCUGGCAGUCCCAAUGUCUGAUGUCUUUAGGGAUCUAAAUUUAUUCCUUGUUUUUUUCUGUUGUCUGUCUCUCAUGUUGGGUUGUCACCUCCUAUGCUUGAUGAUCUUUGGUUACGAACUCUUUGAUUGAUCUUUCUCCGUGGGAUCUUGAAAGUUUGAUUUGGAGGCCCUUUUCUUCUGAUAGGAUUUGUAUCAUGUUUGGUUGGGAGCCAGGGAGUUUACAUUGGACCACUUUCGGUGUCUUCACUUUGCUUCUGGCCCAGGGCUGUGUCCGUUGCUGCUCUUGGCAAUACUACUUGUAGCUCUUGACUCUCAGCUUUAGUUUUUAGCCAGAGGUUUGUUGCUUUUGGGGGGAAAGGGUGGUUUUAGACAUUCCUAGUUCUAUAAGCUCAGCAAAAUUAAAAAAAUUUUAGAAUCGAGGAUCUACUUUGUUUUGCAGUGAGAGUCCCCUAUUAGUUCAUUGUAACUGAUGGGUUUAGAAGUCCUUUACAUUCUUACUUGAGUGUAUUAGGAAAAAAAAAAAAAAGUCCUUCCAAGUGUAAGGUUUCUUGUGGUAUCAAAUUUUCUAUUAAAACAAGCUUAGAUCUGAGUUAAAAGUUGAGUUAUUCUCAAAAAAAUAUUGAAUAACAGUAGUAAAGGUAGCAAGUGGAUUUAGCAAAGUUUUCUACUUAGGGAGCGUGAAUAAAAAAUUUGGCAAGUACUGAGCUAGGGGAUCCAGAUGAAUAGGGCACAGCGUACCCUCUCAGCCUACAAAGAUAAGCCUGGGAUGACCAGUGUGAGAACUGCUGUCAAAAAGAUGUGGGCAGGGCGCUCUGGGCUUAUGGGGAAGAGGUGCAGAAAGGAGCUUGGUAGUAGUAGUGAGAAGAUCAGGAAAUGCUUCCCAGACUGGUAGGCCUUAGGUGGUUGUAGAACAAGGUUUGUUUAUGAAUCAGAAGCAGUUGAGUAUGAAUGUCUUCUGUGUUGCAUGUUGUGGAGUGACUGGAAAUAAAAGCAGAAACAGGAUUAUUAAAGACCUUCCAAGCUGCAGUACGAAGUUUGGACUUUAUUCUGAAGGUGAAGGGAAGCUAUUGAAUGAUUUUAAGCAGUAAAAUGUUAUGGUCAGAGUUUUAGAGAGUGCCAAGUUUGAAGGCAAAUCGCCAGCUGGGAGUCUGCUUGUUAAGUUAGUUCAGAGAAGAAAAGAUGAAGCGAAAAUGAAGGUAGUGUCAUUGGCAUGAACAGGUGUAUGGGUGCUAAUUUUAGAUUUCAUAGGUGGGUAGAAACGACAGGACUUUGUGGUCAGACGGAUAGGAAUGUUGAGAGCGACUGGGGAGUCCAGAUGGCCUCCGGAUCACUGGUUUGCUUAACCAUGUGGCAUGUAAAACAGUUGACUGGUAACAUACGGAAAGAGGAGAGAACUUCGUUUCAUUUGUUUUUGAAGAAAAAGAUAAGUUUAUUCUUGAACUUAAUCUGAGGAACUUGUGGGACAUCUUGUUGACGGGGACUAUAGAGAUGCAGUGCAGCCUGGAGAAAUUAGAGACUUCAGCAUCUGGCCGUUUCAGCCGUUGUUUGCUUCAGUGCAGUUUGAGAUAAUUUAAAGUGGCACAUGGAUUCUGUAAUAGUUAAGAACUUAAUGUGUAUGAAAAAUGUAAAUUGUAUCUCAAAUCUAUGAUAUCAUGGAUAUUACCACUUAGGCCAAGUGAGCCCAAUAAAAGAGAACUACUAAAUAAAUAAAAAUACAUGCGAUAUGUGGAAAUGGCAAAAAUCAUGGUGAAGCUGUGCAAAUGAUGGAAGUGCAGAAAGUACUAUUUUGAAGCCAUGGGUAUGGUGGAUGAGGUCACCGAGGAGAGAGUAAGCCUGAAAAAAAAAAGAGAGGUGACAUUUGGGUGGCGGGGAAUGGAGAAGAAGAGCCCAUGGAAACUGAGGAAAAGCAGCCAGAAGAAUAGGAGGAAAACCAGGAGAAGAUGGUCUUUGGAGUCCAUAUGAAGAGUUCUGAGAAGGAGGAAGUGGUCAACAGCGUCAAGAUGGUACAGCAUGGAUGAUUUUGCCCUGGGAGAUUUCACUGUAGUAGAUGAUGCCUUGUUAGAAGAUUGCCCUUAUGUGGACGAUUGUGUCCUUGCUCCUGAAUUUAUGUCCGAUGAUUGUGUUCGCGUGACUCAACUUUACUGCAAUGGGGUGGGGAUGCAGUAUAAAGAUUUUACCCAAAGUGAGAGAAACUUAGAAUUUGAUAUCUGCAAUAUGUGGUGUAGUAAACCAGUUUCUGUCCUGCAAGAUUACUGUGAUGCCAUUAAAAUACACAUCUUCUGGCCACUUCUGUUUCAACGUCAGCACAGUUCUGUAAUAUCAAGGUUGCAUCCUUGUGUGGAGGCUGGCAGUUCUCAUGCUUCUGAGAUAAGUUUGAAGAAAUUACAACAUCUAGAAUUGAUGGAAGAUAUUGUGGAUUUGGCAAAGAAAGUUGUGAACGAUUCAUUCUUUAUUGGAGGCUUAUUGAGAAUUGGUUAUAAAAUAGAAAAUAAAAUCUUGGCAAUGGAAGAAGCUUUGAAUUGGGUGAAAUACACAGGUGAUGUAACAAUUCUACCUAAAUUAGGAGCGGUUGACAAUUGUUGGCCUAUGUUAAGUAUUUUCUUCACUGAAUACAAGUAUCACAUAACUAAAGUCAUAACAGAAAACUGCAAUUUGCUUGAAGAAUUUAAAACUCAAAAUUGUGUGGAGUGUAUAGAGCAAGGAGAACUAAUGAAAAUGAAAGGAAAUGAAGAGUUUUCAAAAGAAAGAUUUGAUAUAGCUAUUAUCUAUUACACCAGAGCCAUUGAAUAUAGACCUGAAAAUCACCUUCUUUAUGGUAACCGAGCUCUUUGUUUUCUUCGCACUGGACAGUUUAGAAAUGCACUUGGUGAUGGAAAGAGAGCCAUUAUUCUAAAGAGCAAUUGGACAAAGGGUCAUUAUCGUUAUUGUGCUGCUCUUUCUAUGCUGGGGGAAUAUGACUGGGCCCUGCAAGCAAACAUAAAAGCUCAAAAACUCUGUAAAAAUGACCCUGAGGGAAUCAAGGAUCUAAUUCAGCAGCAUGUAAAGUUACAAAAACAAAUAGAAGACCUGCAAGGUCGAACACCAGCUAGGAAUACAAUUAAAGCUUUUUAUGAAAGCAGGGCCUACAUACCUAGUUUAUCAGCACCUGCAUUUAGUACUUCACUUAACUUCGUGGAAACUGAAAAAGAUUCCAGAAAAACUAACCACGAAAUGGCAAACGGUGGUAAUCAGAAUCUAAAGGUGGUAGAUGAAGCUUUGAAGGUAGAUGAUUGUGACUGUCAUCCUGAAUUUCUACCACCAUCAAGUCAGCCUCCAAAAUAUAAAGGAAAACAAAAAUCUCGAAACAAUGAAUUGGAGAAGUUCAGUUCCACUUCACAGGGGAGUUUACCAGUAGAUUUGAAAAACAUCUUGGAAAAACAGUUUUCUAAAUCUUCCAGAGCUGCACACCAGGAUUUUGCUAAUAUAAUGAAAAUGCUGAGAAGCUUAAUCCAGGAUGGUUACACGGCUUUGCUCGAGCAGCGCUGUCGCAGUGCCGCGCAGGCCUUCACGGAAUUGCUCAAUGGUCUAGAUCCUCAAAAAAUAAAGCAAUUGAACCUGGCCAUGAUUAACUAUGUCUUAGUAGUCUACGGACUUGCUAUUUCUCUCCUUGGGAUAGGACAGCCGGAGGAAUUAUCUGAAGCUGAAAACCAGUUUAAGAGGAUGAUUGAACACUAUCCCAAUGAGGGACUUGAUUGCUUGGCCUACUGUGGAAUUGGAAAAGUAUAUUUGAAAAAGAACAGAUUUCUAGAAGCUCUUAAUCAUUUUGAGAAAGCAAGAACCUUGAUUUGUCGCCUUCCUGGAGUGUUAACUUGGCCCACAAGUAAUGUGAUUAUUGAAGAGACUCAACCAGGGAAAAUAAAGAUGCUGUUAGAGAAGUUUAUUGAAGAAUGCAGGUUCCCUCCAGUGCCAGAUGCCAUUUGUUGCUAUCAGAAGUGCCGUGGAUAUUCUAAAAUCCAGAUAUAUAUAACUGAUCCAGACUUUAAGGGUUUUAUACGCAUCAGCUGCUGCCAGUACUGUAAAAUAGAAUUUCACAUGAACUGUUGGAAGAAAUUGAAAACAACAACUUUUAAUGAUAAAAUUGACAAGGAUUUUCUGCAAGGAAUUUGUCUUACCCCUGACUGUGAAGGAAUCAUUUCUAAGAUUAUCAUUUUCAGCAGUGGUGGUCAAGUUAAAUGUGAAUUUGAACACAAGGUCAUAAAAGAAAAGGUUCCUCCAAGACCUAUUCUGAAACAGAAAUGUUCUAGCCUAGAGAAGCUAAGACUGAAAGAAGACAAAAAAUUGAAGAGAAAGCUCCAAAAAAAAGAAGCAAAAAAAUUAGCACAAGAAAGGAUGGAAGAGGACUUAAGGGAAAGUAAUCUGCCCAAAACUGAGGAGCAGAAAGAAACUGUAGACAGUGUUCAGAGUUGCCAGUUCCUUGAUGACAGAAUUCUGCAGUGCAUAAAGCAGUAUGCUGACAAGAUAAAAUCUGGUAUUCUGAACACUUCCAAGCUUCUCAAAGAAUUGCUUUCUUGGAAGGUUUUAAGCACAGAAGACUACACAACCUGUUUUUCUAGCAGAAAUUUUCUAAAUGAAGCGGUGGACUAUGUCAUUCGUCACUUGAUUCAAGAGAAGAACAGAGUAAAGACCAGGAUAUUUCUGCAUGUUUUGAGCGAGCUUAAAGAAGUGGAGCCCAAAUUAGCUGCCUGGAUCCAGAAACUGAACAGCUUUGGUUUAGAUGCCACGGGACCUUUUUUUUCUCGUUAUGGAGCAUCUCUUAAGGAGCUUGAUUUUAGCAUCAUGACUUUUCUCUGGAAUGAGAAAUACGGUCAUAAACUAGCCUCUAUAGAAGGAAAGCAACUUGAUUAUUUCUGUGAGCCAACAUCAUUGAAGGAAGCACGAUGUUUAAUAUGGCUGCUAGAAGAACACAGAGACAAGUUCCCAGCGUUGCAUAAUGCUUUAGAUGAAUUCUUUGAUAUAAUGGACAGCCGCUGUACUGUAUUAAGGAAACAAGACAGUGGUGAUGUGCCGUUUAAUUCUGCCAAGAUAAAAAAUAAAGGCAAGAAAAAGAAGCCAAAAGAUUCAAAGCCUAUGUUAGUGGGGUCUGGAACAUCUUCAGUAACCCCAAAUAAUGAGACUAUCACUUCAGGUGAAGACCACAACAGACGCAAUCCAAAUUCUGCAGGCCCAUUUGUGGUACCUGACCACCUUCGGCAAGAUGUAGAAGAAUUUGAAGCUAUCUAUGAACAGCACAGCAGUGAAUAUGUUGUCCGUAAUAAGAAGCUGUGGGACAUUAACCCAAAACAAAAAUGUUCAACGCUGUAUGAUUAUUUCUCUCAGUUGUUGGAAGAGCAUGGUCCCUUGGACAUGAAUAAUAAAAUGUUCUCUGAAGAAUAUGAAUUCUUCCCAGAAGAAACUCGGCAAAUACUAGAAAAAGCCGGAGGUUUGAAAUCUUUUCUCUUGGGAUGUCCUCGUUUUGUUGUGAUUGACAACUGUAUUGCAUUGAAGAAAGUUGCAUUACGGCUUAAGAAAAAGAGAAAGAAGAAAAACAUUAAGACAAAAGUGGAAGAAAUUUCAAAAACAGGGGAGUAUUUACGAGUUAAACUACCACUGAAUCCAACCGCGAGGGAAUUUAAACCAGAUGUAAAGUCCAAACCAGUGUCUGAGUUAUCUUCAGCACUAGCUUCUGAGGACGUGAAGCCCAAACCUGUAUCUGCUAAUUCUCCCCAACCAACCUGUGAAGCUGUGAACCCGAAACCAGUGUCUGAUAAUUCUUCUAGAUCAGUUUCUGAGGAUGAGAAGCCCAAGGAGGUCUCUUUUGAUUCUCCCACAUCAGUGUCUGAGGAUGCCGGUCACAAGCAAGUAUCCUGUAAUUCUCCCAAACCAGCCUCUGAGGAUGUGAAACCAACCUACUGGUCUCAACCCCAUUUGGUCACAGGAUACUGUACAUACCUCCCCUUUCGGGGAUUUGACGUUACCCAGACACCACCAACAUAUAUGAACGUGUUACCCAGUUUGUCCCAGUACACUAACAUUUAUACACCUCUAGCCAGUGUUCCUUCUGAAUAUCAGCUGCAAAGAUCAGUACCAGUGGCGCCAUCAUUUGUAGCCAGUGACAGACCAGAUGAAAGUGCUGCUGUAUAUUUUGAGGGUCCUCAUUUGAAUGCUGAGAAUACUCCUCCUGGUAACGAGAUUGCCCCUAAAACACAGAUCCUUCAGGAAUCUUUGGAAGUAUCAGUAAAGACACAGUGCAGCAUGAAUGGUGACGGUACAGCCCUCAGUGGGUCUAACAGCCAUGAAGGUCACUGUGGAAAUUCUGCCAACAAGUGGGAAGUAAAUCUAGAAAGUACCGACGAAGUAACAAAUAUUCCACAUACACAAAUGGCUGCUAUACAGGUGUCUUGGAAUAUAACACAUCAAGAGGUCAACACUGAGCCAUAUGAUCCUUUUGAGGCACAACAGGGAGAUCUUUCACAGAUUGAGAAGGAAUACCAGGUUUUACAAGAGCAGCUUAAGGAAGCAUGUGAAAAUUAUGAGCAGAUUAAACUCAAGGUCUCGGAAGAGACCAAGGACAUGGAAGAAAAGUUGAAAAGGAACUCAGAAGAAAACAAGAUAUCAAAGACAGAAUUAGAUUGGUUCCUUGAAGAUUUGGAAAAGGAAAUUAAAAAAUGGCAACAAGAGAAAAAAGAAAUCCAAGAAAAUCUAAAAGCACUAAAGAAGAAAAUGAAAAAGGUUCUAAAUGCCAACGAAACAUAUACCCAGAAAAAUGAUGGAAAGGAUAAGGAACAUGAAUUACUUCUGGAUCAGUCCCUCGAAAUCAGUGAUACAUUUACAAAUGAGAAAAUGAAAAUAGAAGAGUGCAUAAAGAAAGGGAAAGAGAAUUAUGAAGAGAGUCUUCAAAGAGCAGUGGCUGCAGAGGUAUCUGUGCUUGAAAACUGGAAGGAGACAGAAGUGUACAAAUUACAGAUCAUGGAAUCACAAGCAGAAGCAUAUCUGAAGUACCUGAAGCUCCUGAGCAGUGAUUCUGCAGCAUAUCCUGAUACGGAGUCUGAUGUACAUUCAUGGGAAUCAUUUCUUUGUAAGGUUGGAAAAGAAAUUGAGAAAGCAAAGUCUCAAUUUGAAGAACAAAUUCAAGCAAUUAAAAAUGGCUCUCGGCUCAGUGAACUUUCUAGAGUGCAGAUUCCUGACCUUUCACUUCCUGUCUGUAGCACAAUUCCUCCUAAGUUACUUCCCGAGUCUUCAAGCCAUGACGAUCACGGAACUGCCGCUGCCAACACUUCUGCAGAUCGUGGGACUGGAAACCAAACAACAGGUCCCAAGGAUUCAAGUCUGGUCUCCGCCAGCGAUGGCCCAGUGGGGGCUUCCUCUUCUCCAUUGUCGGGAUCGCUGUCCUGUCAGCCUGGAGUCACCCAGCUGCCAGAGUGUAAGAGCACGGGCCAGGAAACUCUGUCAAAACAGAGCCUUGUGGCUGAUCAGAAACUACCAGGACGUGCUAGUCGGUCAAGCCAGUCUCCAAAAAAGCCGUUCAAUAGUAUUAUUGAGCACCUGUCAGUGGUAUUCCCAUGUUACAACAGCACUGAGCUUGCUGGUUUUAUUAAAAAAGUGCGAAACAAGAACAAGAACUCACUGUCAGGAUUGAGUAUUGAUGAAAUUGUCCAAAGAGUGACAGAACACAUUCUAGAUGAACAGAAAAAGAAAAAGCCAACUUCAGGAAAGGACAAGAGGUUGUCUGAGCCCAGCUCUGCUGCUACUGUGACCAAUGCCUCCCAGGGCCCAUCCUCCCUGACUGCUGGACCAUUGCCCAAAACCAAGGGACAGAAGGCAGAAGAUAUCCCUGCACCGGGUGCAGCUUCCUGUGAAAUAUGCCAUGAGGUAUUCAGAUCCAAAAAUGUGCGUGUACUAAAAUGUGGGCACAAGUUUCACAAAGGGUGCUUUAAGCAGUGGCUGAAAGGGCAGAGCACUUGCCCGGCCUGCCUUGAUCAGGAUCUCCUGUAAGAAGAGUAGCCGGCACCUUCUGGAAGAGGCCAGUCUGCUUUUGUAGGUAGUCACAGUUCACUGAAGAGUCAUUUACUGGUUUGUUGAAUUGGGAGAAUAACGAUAUAUUACUUCUGGUAUAAAAGGCAAACAUUUGGAGAUCCUUUGCACUGUGUGUCACAGCGCUGGUAAAUGGAAAUCUUUAAUAUAGUUGAUAGUAAUUUCCCUGCUCUUAUUAAACACUUUGAUAAUAGCAAAUAGUGGCUAAUAAAAGUAUGUGUAACCACAUUCCUAAAUUGUUGGGGCUGCUUACAGAGAGGUACUCUCUGAGACUGAAGGCUUCUUUUGGAAAGUGUUGUGAGCACCUCAGAGCAGUACUUGAAUUGUAAGUAUUCUGACCUGUUAAAGUGCCCCCAGUUAAAAUUUUUACGAGUCAGUAUUCCUUAUAAAAUGCCUACAUUUUUCCUCAGAGAUUCUGCACUUAAAUGGGCGUAAGCAAACACAUUUUAAUAAUCUGUAGUAAAUGGUAACAUAUCGGCUGAUUUAAACCAAAAGAUUUAAAUCUCCUUUUCAUGGAAACACCAUGUGAUUUUGCUUUUCCAUUUCAUUAUUUUAUAUCCCUGGUAGAUUUAUAAAGGACUUAGUUUUCAUCACCUAAAGGUAUACUUUGAUUUUUGAAAAUUGGUUACAAACACUUUCCUAUUAGUGUCAGCCAAGACUUUUUUUGCCCUGAAAAUUGAGGCUACGUGUUCAUCCCCCAAUCCACUUGGAGCUUGGAGCUUCUUCUUUCCAUACCUUACUCUUAGGAGCAGCAUUUGUCCUUCUUCGUGAUGACAGGUGUUUGGGUAUCUCUGUCUGAUGCAUAGCGGGCACAAUGGGGAAAUAGUCCCCGUCAUUCCCCUCCCUGUCCCACCACCACAGAGAGAUACUUGUGUAAGUAGACAGUCCUGAGGCAUCUGUGUUUUGCUCGCUCCGUGUGUGACAUUUGUGUGGAGUAAUGCAUGCGCUCUUGUACUGUGGUGUGAGAACAAAACUCUAACUACAUUAGAAUCUGUUAAAAUAUUAGAUAGCUUUAGUGACUUAUAAACAGUGGUAAAUGCAGAACCACGAAUUGUAGAUACAUUCCAUUUCUCUCAGACAUCAAAAAAUGUUUUUCAUUGUGUUCUUUGUUCCCCUGGAAGCUCACAGUCCCAAGUUUGUGAGCUGAUUUCAUCACCUUCUUCAGCCUUGGUUCCCUGUGAGUUUUGAUGUCGUGGUGACUUAGUCCACUGACACUCACUCUGUAUUUUGAAGCAGAUUCUCCUUGUGGGUCCCUGAAACAUUGUCUGCAUGUGCUUAAUAACUGAGAACGGUAGAUAGGAAGAUAUGUAGGGACCAGUAUGUAGCAGCAGGUACGAAGGCAAGGAAGAGCAGCUAGAGGGUGAGAACAUGUCUUUUGUACAUCAAACAGAUACUUGUGAACAUGCCUUACCCAUGUCCUGUUGUAAGUUUCAAAAUAAAGAGCAUUCUAAAAUAA